ACAGGGAUGGGCCAAAGUUGAGGAUCGCAGACUCCCGCCUACUAGCGAAUCUCACUUUAAAUACUAAACUUCCCAACAUUUACCAGAAAUACAUUAUAUUCGCUCCCAGAACCAACCUUUAGACUUAAACAGCGACACCUCCAGAAAUGAAUGGAGGAAUUAAAGCGGGCUUCUCUAAUGGGGAGAACAGCAACAGGCUGAAGGACCUGGUCCUUGUCUCUCAGCCUCAGUCAGAAGUGAAGAUGCAGGAGAGAGGCCAAUGGAGCAACAAACUAGAGUUCAUCCUGUCAGUGAUGGGAUCCAUCAUUGGUCUGGGGAACAUGUGGCGCUUUCCUUACCUCUGCUACAAAAAUGGAGGAGGUGCAUUCCUCAUCCCCUACCUGAUCUUCCUGUUCACGUGUGGGGUUCCUGUGUUCUUCCUGGAGACUGCUCUGGGCCAGUACACCAGCCAAGGAGGCAUAACCUGCUGGAGAAUGAUCUGUCCACUCUUUGAGGGUCUUGGCUAUGGCACUCAGGUCAUUGUGGCUCUUCUGAACUCUUAUUACAUUGUGGUCUUGGCCUGGGGAAUCUUCUACCUGUCCUUCUCCUUUACCUGGGAACUCCCCUGGUCCACAUGCAACAACACCUGGAAUACAGACAAUUGCGUGGGGUUUCGUAGGAGGAAUGAUUCAAUCAACCAUAUUGUGACCCAGAACUCCACAUCCCCCGUAAUUGAAUUCUGGGAGAGAAGAGCCUUGAGGCUGUCACCUGGCAUUGACCACAUGGGUUCUCUGAACUGGGACUUGGCUAUCUGUCUGGCCAUUGCCUGGGUCUUGUGUUACUUUUGCAUCUGGAAGGGGGUCAAAUCCACUGGAAAGGUGGUGUACUUCACAGCUACCUUCCCCUAUCUGAUGCUGAUAGUGCUGCUGAUUCGAGGAGUCACUUUACCCGGGGCAGACCUAGGGAUUAAGUUCUACCUGUACCCUGACCUGUCAAGACUAGCAGACCCUCAGGUGUGGAUGGAUGCAGGCACACAGAUCUUCUUCUCGUAUGCCAUCUGUCUAGGCUCCCUCACCGCACUGGGGAGUUACAACAAAUACAACAACAACUGCUACAAAGACUGCCUUGCGCUAUGCUUCCUGAACAGUGGGACUAGCUUUGUGGCAGGAUUUGCCAUCUUCUCCAUCCUGGGUUUCAUGGCUUAUGAACAGGAUGUCCCAAUCUCAGAGGUAGCAGAGUCCGGUCCUGGUCUGGCCUUCAUUGCAUACCCUCGUGCUGUGGCCAUGAUGCCAUUCUCUCCACUAUGGGCUUGUUUCUUCUUUAUCAUGAUCAUUCUGCUGGGCUUGGACAGUCAAUUUGUGUGUGUUGAGAGCUUGACAACGGCUGUUGUGGACAUGUACCCUGAGGUGUUCCGUCGCAAGCAUUGCAGGGAGCUCUUUCUGGCUGUUGUGUCCUUCGUCUCAUUCCUUAUGGGCCUGGUCAUGCUGAUGGAGGGGGGGAUGUAUGUCUUCCAGCUAAUGGAUUACUAUGCUGCUAGUGGAAUGUGUCUUCUCUUCAUGGCCAUCUUUGAGACAGUCUCCAUCGCCUGGGUCUACGGUGCUGACCGCUUCUAUGAUAACAUUGAGGACAUGAUUGGCUACCGGCCAGGACCUUACAUUAAGUACUGUUGGAUGUUCAUCACCCCAGCCACAUGCAUUGCCACCUUUGCAUUCUCCCUCAUCAAGUACACGCCUCUGAAGUACAACAAUGUUUAUGUGUACCCCUGGUGGGGCUACGUGAUAGGCUGGCUCCUGGCUCUGGCUUCCAUGGUUUGCAUCCCUUUCUGGAUCAUCUACAAACUCAGCACCACAGAAGGAAUGUUCAGAGAGCGCAUUUAUAUCCUUAUCCAGCCAUCUAACGAUCUACCCAAAACCAAGGGUGAACAAGAACGAAUGCGAGCCAUCUUUGCCCCCGAGUCCAAGGAAGGAAUGGAGCUAGUAGGGGUAUUAAACAAAGAUGGCUACCUCCCAGUGGAAGUGAAUGACUUAAACUGCUAAGAAGACGCCUUUCGCAGGCUAAAGUUCACUCAACAUUUGAAGAAAACAUACUGUACUCAUUCAACAGUUCAAGAAAACAUACUGUACAAUAUAAUAAUGAACUGUAAGGGAUUUGAGGAAUUUCAGUUUACCUCCUUAGUUGAAUGUCCUGCUGUUCAUCUGUACAUGGAACUGGAGGCAGACAUUCUGCUCAUCAUGAUCAUUCAGUAUCCUGUGUCCCCCAUCCAUCAACUAGAAAAAAAUUGAGAAAGGGGAGCAAGCAUGCACUUGGGGUGCAACCCCUCUAUUUUACAAUAGCAUGUAGCUUUAAGGUGGAAAACAGGACAACUGUUCUAUUAAAAAAGUUUAUUCACAAUCUUUCUGAUUGUUCAAUGGACAGUGAUCUACAUUUGUAUAAUAUUGUCUGGAUAAGGCCAAGUGCUAUAUUUUUGUUAGGCCUACUGUACUGUAUUUCAUAUUGUAUUAACAAGCUACUGUUGGACUAAUAGAAAACAUGUACGAUAUUUUUAUGAUUUUAUUAAUAGAUUUUCUCUGUAACAUGACUGUACAAAAGAAAUAUGGAUCUGUGUUUGUUUUGAAAUAAACAAAAUGUCUAAUUUUA